AGGUGGCGCUAGAAUAAUGAAUUCACUCAUCUCUCAGACUUCUUGUGGUAAAUUUCCUGGAAAACACGUGAGACUGUAAUUAUGCAUCAUCAGGAGAAAAGCUUUUAAAAUAUAUACACAAGUGUUCUUCUGAUUCACUGUCCUUUCCUCGUGAGUGAUGAGGUGAUCACAGAUGAAGCUAGAACCUCGGGACUGGUCAGAGAUUGAGUUUGGUGUCAAUUAACAGUUUUCUUUUCAUUCGUAGCAGCAAAACUUCAGGUGAUUCGCCAAAGUCAAGCUGAAAGAUUGUUCAAACGUGACAGAUUUGAAUGUUUUCAUCAAGAUCAGAGUUUACUCUCAACCUCCAAAGAUUGAACUCUUUUAAAUUUAAACUACAGUUUUUAUUCAAACCCGUUUAACUUCUUGGUGGUUUGCCAUUUUUGCUAAAUGUUUGACCAUUGUUCUCAAAAUAACUUUGGGAACAGGGUCGAAUGACUGAUAUGAGGAUGUGUAUCAACACCACAUGUGUUUUCAGAGCGUUCAGAACAUCCAGGUUUUGAAACGUUUAAAAGAAGUUUUUCUUGGUCAUUUUUGCCAACGUUAUGAUAACGUUACUUCUGAGUCAAUACUAUCUUAGACCAAGAUCGAACUAAAAUGUAACAGAAACGUUCCAUUAACGAUGUACAAGUAACGUUCUUGUCACAUUUGCCGAACGUUCUAUAAAUGUUACAGAUGGAGUAAGUGUGAGAGAAGCUGCCAGAACGUUCGCUGUUUGAUGUGAAAUGAUACAUUUGACAGACAUCUGAUGGUUUUAAAUGGUUGGUAUUGUUUGGUACACACACACGCGCAUCUCAUCGCUGCUGAAUCUGAUGAACGCGAUUAAACCGGGAUUGCUGGUGAGUAACGAUCUCGUGUGGAGGAUGAAGAGCUGGAUGAUGCUGAAGUGAUCCGCUGGUUGUCGCACUCGGUGUGUGUUUGUGUCGGUGGUCCGGAGGGCGGAGCUGCGGGUCUCUGCGCCCCCGGUACCGACGGACACACCGAUCACUGCUGGGCGGAAGAGCGUCAUUUGAGCAGAAAACAGACCGCGAGAGAAGCAGCGCGGAUCGAGAGUGAUUUUCUCUUUCGUCUGCAGCGGGAUGGUUUUAAACGCGGACGCCCGACACGAGCGCGAUCCUCCCGCUACACCGGCCGAGCGUCACUGAAGCAUCACCCGCCCUCCGCGACGCGUCCGACCGCUCCGAUGGGAACAAAAGCCUCGCUUUCACCUCCACCCUGAGACCGCAUCCGCAAUGAACAACUAGAGGAGCGUCAGGCGAUGGGAUGAAAAUGAGACGUCACAGGGUUUUCUUGAUUUGCACGGUGGGACUGUGUGUCAUUUCCUUCCUGCAUUACUACAAGGCUCUCCACUACGUGUCCCUGCUGAGGGAGUUGUCUGCACCUUACCCUAACAUCAAAUCCUUCAUCAUGGUCACUGGUUUCUUCUGGAAGGAGGGCAACACCCCGCUGUCGAGUGCCUCCCCAGAGGAAGGCCCUCCGCUGCUGCACAGGCUGUCGGACAGCAAGCCCCGGGCCGGAGGAGGCCUGGUGCUCGACACCGGACAAGAACCUGAAGCACCACAGCCGUGGAAGAGACCUGAAGAUCCGCAGCACAGGAGCUUGGGCCCUACAGAGGUCCAUAAGGGAGGUUUGGUCGCCUGGCAGCCCAGCAGCCCGACCAACCAGAAGCCCGACCCGCAGAGAGACUCUGCAAUCAGAGACUCGUUGAACAAGCUUCAGCUGCAUCACGCAUCGACUCCGGACCCGCUGGAAUCCCUGGGCGACCUGCACCGCCGCAUCCAUGUCCUCCAGAAUGACCGCACCCCUUAUUUCGUCCGCACCAAAGCAGGCGCUCUGUGCUUCCGUCAGGGGACGGAGGUGGCACCGCCUAAAGACGAGACACUGAAAGCAAGACCCAGCAUAGCUGGAAUCGGCCAGCGCAGAAUACUGCAGAAGCCUGACGAGUCACACACCUCAGCAAAAUCAGUGGAGGAGUCCGGAGCUGCUCAAGGGAAACCCAAGCGGGGCAAGCGGCUGGUGAAGUGCGUCUGUCGGCCUGGGUGGCAUGGUCCUUACUGUGGAGUGCCCACUAUGGUGUACCACUCCAAUCUGCCCACGAAAGAGAGACUGACCCCUCGUGAGACGCCUCGACGUGUCAUAAACGCCAUCAACGUGAACCAUGAGUUUGACUUGUUGCACGUGCGCUUCCGUGAGCUCAUCCGGGCCGUGGAUCUCUUCCUCGUGUGCGAGUCCAACUUCACAGCAUAUGGGGAGAGGCGUCCGCUGAGGUUCCUGCACCUGAUGCUCAACGGAACGUAUGAUUACGUGCGCCACAAGAUCCUCUACGUCUUCCUGGACCAUUUCCCAGACGGCGGCCGACAGGAUGGAUGGAUCGCCGACGACUACCUGCGCACGUUCCUGACUCGCGAUGGCAUGGCGCGGAUCAGGGGUGUGCGGUCUGAUGAUGUUUUUCUAAUCAAUGAUGCAGAUGAAAUUCCAGCUCAGGAAGGAGUCCUUUUCCUUAAGCUUUUCGAUGGCUGGACGGAGCCUUUUGCCAUCCACAUGCGGAAGUCCCUGUUUGGGUUUUUCUGGAAGCAGCUGGGCUCCCUCGAGGUGGUGUCCGGAUGCACCGUCGGGAUGCUGAGAGACGUCUACGAUAACGAUGGGAUUCGGCUCCGGAGGCGGGAGUACUACACCAUGGCAGGAUUCCGGAAGUACGAGAAUGACACCGGACACAUCUUGGUGCAGUGGUCGGUCGGAAGUCCUUUCCAUUUCGCAGGCUGGCACUGCUCCUGGUGUUUCACACCAGAGGGAAUACACUUUAAACUCAUUUCGGCCCAGAACGGGGACUUUCCUCGCUGGGGUGACUACGAAGACAAACGUGAUCUCAACUACAUAAAGGAGCUGAUCCGAACGGGGGGCUGGUUUGACGGCUCUGUGCAAGAGUACCCACCCUCGGACCCUAAGGAGCACAUGUAUGCCCCCAAAUACAUGUUAGAUAAUUACGAUCACUACCGAUACUUGUUGGAGAACCCUUACGCCAAGCCGUCCAACCCAGGAGGCGGGUAGAGCAGAAUGAGGGCCAAAUGUUUGUAAAGAUGGUUUGAUUGAAGACAGUAAGGAAGGGGGACAGAGAGGGAGAGAAGACACCGCUGUCUUGUUCCUCUCUUUCCUCUCUCUCUCUCAUUGAUCCCAGCAUCCAACACCGUCCAAUAGCUAAAGUCUUCUUGUGAACACAGGCCUUGCAGAAACCAACAACAAUCCUUUCUGUUUUGGUCAAUGUUUACAUGAAUGAUUCCUAGCGUUCUUUGAGAGACCCUGCAAUAUACGCCUCCUGUGUUCACUGUACAAGACUGCGUGUGUGUGUGUGUGUGUGUGAGAGAGAGAGAGACAGAGUGAAUGUGUUUGUGUGAUCAGACUGAAUUCUGUUGGUGCACAGACUUUCUUGCUUGCACUUCAAAAUCAAGAUCAAAAAAGGAAACUCAUUGCUCAAAUGUCACGUUUUUGGGUUUGUUGGCAGCUUGUAAAUUCCUUCAAACUCAAACGUCUUUUUCCUCAGUCAGAGAAAAAUCUUUGUGUAUCAUUGUGAGCUGUUCUGAAUGAGUUUGUGGACGAGAGAGAGAAAGAGACCAUCCGAGAGAAACAGGGCUCUGUUUGAGCUCUGCUGGGUUCUGAUGGAGCUGAUAUGUAUGAUUGUGCCGAGCGAGAGAGGUCCGCUCAGACAACACCGAUUAGUUUCCUGUUUGAGAAAUCCUUGCGGAAAACAUCCUAAAACUGGGAAAAGAGCUGUUUUGAGAUCAGAUAUUUUGUUCAAACAGUUGUUAAUGUGAACCAUUAGAUGGCAGAUAAAAAUAAGACAGACAGAGACUUGCAACAUUUUAAGGCAUUAUAGCCGCAUUUCGACACAAAGGUUGUUCCAAAUCAUGUUCUGCCUUCUAAUAUCCCUUCUUUUGGCCAAAUUUAUAAUUCUAAAUCUUUUCCAGAGAAGGCAUGAUCCAAGAAUGCAUUGUGACAGACUUCUUGGAACAAAAAUCCAUCCAAGAUGGCAAACAAAGACUUGCUGAUUAUAAAUGCAAUGUGUUCAAUACAGAGAAGCAUUGAUAUAAACAGUUCUGUCCAAUGUGUAUGUUCAGUGGCGUCCCGUUGUUAGCCUAGCAACAUGCAUCACACUUGACUGGAAUCAGCAAUGUGUUUUGGAACAGAGCCAUGUAGUGUUUGGUGAUCUUGGCUCUCUCAUGCUUUAAUUUUAAGUCAGAGCAGGAAACAGUUUCUUAUGAAAUCUUGUGCUGGAAGUUCCCUGUUUUCAGAGCUGUGAAACCAUCUGAAUGCAUUCGAGAUCCAUGGGGAACUACAUUUACACACUGGCACCAGAGAUCUGAAGAGUAGCGGAAGAUUUGACAGGAAUUGUUGUAGGAUAAUUCAAUCCUUCGUUAUCAACCACUUUCAUAUAUAGACACCAUCUGAUCAAUUCAUCAUUAAAAAAACACUUAAGUCCCAUUAUCUCUGUGUCAGGCAUGCUGCUAAAAACAGGUCUCCAGAUAUAGGAAAUAUCUGGGCGGGGAAUUAAAAUACUGCCACCAAGCAUUCAUGGUGAAAUAUAUACCACCACCAGUAGUCAUGACUUCACUGAUUACUCACUAGUGUCUGUGUAAAAGGCAAUUCGGCUGUGACACCAAUACGUAUCCAUGUGGCCUGUUCAUGUGCUCUCUUGGAGUGCCAAAAAGCAGCACAUUAUAAACAGGCUAAAAAUAGAGACAGCAUUAGAUGUCUGAAGACAGAACAUAUCUCAGCAGAGCAACAGGUGCUCAGUCUCUGUCCAUAAGCAUUUAUAGUGUUCAUCUGUCACAGUCUCAGAUGUGCUUCAUGCCGUUGUGAUUGCAGUGUGUUCGUGGCCUUCGUCAGCCUUCAUGCAUGAGAUGCCUCCAAAUCUGUGUGCAUUCCACAUGGGAGAACAGUCGAAAUGUUGAGUUUUAUUCCACUGAGCUCUGGUGAUGCAAUUGCAUUCUUAUCCUGAAAGCAAAGCAUUAAUGAGAAGACUGGACUUGGUUUAUUUUUUUCUGAAUCAAUUCACAUCUGCAUAUCAAGGAGCAGGAAUAUCUUUAUUAACAGCCUUCUGAAUGAACUCAUGAGUUGACAUAUUUUACAGGCAGGAGAGCCAAACUCAUAUCUGAGUUCACAUCUGGAGGGUGAGAUCUACCCAUCCUCAACCGUUGUGCCACAUUCGUCUUCAUUUAAUUAGGAUUGAACCGGUGUGACAGCAGGUGCUCAGAUUUUGUACUGAAUUUAAUGUUCAUUUUGCUCAUUAAAAUCAAAUGAAGGGAUGUUGAGGUGUUUGGCUUUAGAUCGGGAGCUCACAGACCACUCUCUCUCCCUCUCUCUGUUAACAAACAUUGUUUUGGACUUAUUGUCAUUUUUGUUUUGUGUUGUUUGCUGUUGUAAAUGUUAUUGCUGUUUGCAUUAUUUAUCUUAUUUAUUACUAUCCUGUUUCUGUGUAGAAAAGGGAAGAUUGAUCUGUCAUAGGAGAGAGAAGUUCUUCUCUGACUCCAUAAGAAAGACUGAAAUGUCUCUCUCCUCCACUUCAUCCCUCUAUCCCGUCCUCUUGUACCGCACUAUUCAUCUCAAACAUGGUAAACUCAUGAACCCUCUUGGCCAGAAUUACUUUACUCUAGUAUGCAAACCAAACGCACAAGCUCUUGUGUUGUUGAGAUUUGAGAGUUUCAACCGUUUGUGCCAUUUAACUGGGCAUGAUAGUCGCUACCUAGCUGUAAACAUAUUGGCAGUUCAGCUUUAAAAUUGUGAUGAAACGAGCAUCAAAACUUUUCUCCUAUAUUUUGACAUCCAAGUCCAAGUGUGAAAUUAAUUAUCAAAAAGACAAUUGUAAAAAAGUACAAAAGAAUCAUAUGUACAGACAAAUUAUAAAAAAAAAAAUUAAAAAAAAAAAUAAAAUGUUUUAUAAAAAUCGGCUCAAAGUAGCAAAUAUUUUCAAAUAAUAUCACAUAUCUUCUGACUGGAUGGAAUCAAAGUAUGAAGCUAAAAAAAAUUGGGGUCUCUACUAACCAGAUUUUCUGAUAUCUGGAUGUUCGACAACUCACGUCAACUCGGGGCAAAAAUCUGUGCAAAUGUCCCAGGGCCCGGCUGCAUAAGGCACCUAAAGAUUUUCCCUUGAGUAUGAACCUUAAGGAGUGAUUUCCCCUUACCUGAGGGAAUGACUUGAGGGUGUUGCAUAUAAUCCCUUCAACACUUUCCUUAGCAAAGGGAAGUCCAAGGGUUAAUGCAGAAAGCAUGUAAGUUUAAACAGAAAAAAAUAUAACAUGGAUGAGGAAAACAAAAACCUAAAAUAUAAGAGAAUGACCGUACGAGACGGAAACUCAAAUCGAUAAUUCAGAAAAAAUAAUUUAGGCCGCUCACCCUCGUGUCAAUUCAACCACAUAAGACUUGUAUUCAUUUCUGGACAACAAAUAAAGAUCUCUCAUCAUCUAUGUCCAUGAAGAGGUUUUUACAGACUAGUGUGAAUAAAUAUAUAUAUUUUUAUGUAAACAGACAAGAUAGUCUAUGCAUGAAUUGAUUAUUCGGAACCAAAACGAUGUGAACAUUAAACCGCUAAACUCUCA